CUCCGCGGAUGGGGGGAAACAGUAGCCUCGGGCUGAGGCCUCCCCCAGCCCCGUAGUCGAUCCCCAUUUCCCUGGGAGACUGUGCGGGGCUGCAAGAAUAACGCGAGAGUUGCAAGUUGCUUCCCCCGUCCCCCCGCCCCACCCCCCCCGGACUGUAAAACUGUCAAAGGUAGGAGGGGGAGGGAGCGCGCAUGAGCCCAGCGCGGCGCGCAGCCUGCGCCGGCCCGGGGGAGCCGUGCCGAGCCGCGCCGCGCCGCGCCGCGCCGAGCCCAGCCGAGCCGGGCCGGAGAGAUGGGUGACCCAUAUUGUGCUGGAGGAAGCCGAAGGCUUGCAGGACCAAGUAAGGGUGGUUUGGGGAAAGAUGGAGAAAGGAUAGAAAGCCAGCUCCCUGCCCCCCACGAGCCUCCUAAACUUGGAAAUUCUACCAGUGACAAGAUGGAAGGCAGGAAGAAAGGACGGCCAAAGGUCGAGAACCAGGCACUGAGAGACAUUCCUCUCUCCUUGAUGAACCAAUGGAAGGAUGAAUUCAAAGCCCACUCUAGGGUGAAGUGUCCAAACUCAGGGUGCUGGUUGGAGUUCCCAAGUAUUUAUGGACUCAAAUACCAUUAUCAGCGUUGCCAGGGGGGUGCUAUCUCUGAGAAGCUGACAUACCCAUGCCCCUACUGUGAAGCUGCCUUCACCUCCAAGACCCAGCUAGAGAAGCACAGACUGUGGAAUCACAUGGACCAACCUGUUCCAGCCAGCAGGCCUUUCCCCCUACCUAAAGCUGUACCCCCUGGGAAACCAGUACAGACCAACAAGCCAGUCCCAGUCACUAAACCAGUCCCAAUCUGCAAACCAGUCCAAAUCAGCAAACCAGUCCAAGUCAGCAAACCAGUCCAAGUCAGCAAACCAGUCCAAGUCAGCAAACCAAGCCCAGUUAGCAAACCAAUCCCAGUUAGUAAACCAAUCCCAGUCACCAAGCCGAUCCCAGUAAGCAAGCCGGUCCCAGUCCCUAAGCCUGUCCAGGUACCUAAAUCGGUCCCAGUUGGCAAACUGGUCCAAGUCAGCAAGCCGAUUCAAGUUGGCAAACCUGUCCCAGUUAGCAAACCAGUCCCGGUCACCAAGGUGGCCCCGGUCAGCAAACCUAUCCCACUUACCAAACCUGUCCCAGUCACUAAGUUGGUCUCUGUCAGCAAACCUGUCCUGCCUACCAAACUGAUUCCAGUAAGCAAACCUUUCCUGCCCAGCAAACCCUUCCCAUCCAGCAAGCCCAUCCAAAUCAAUAAGCCCUUCCCAUCCAGCAAACCUGUCCUGGUCAGCAAGCCCAUCCCAAUCAGCAAAUCGGCAUCACCCAGCAAAGUGUUGCCAAUGAACAAACCAGAGGGCAAAGUGCAAAGAACUGUGGGAAGGAGCGGUGGUAAAAAGAGGGCUGCUGAGGGCUUGGACACCUGCCCCAUCCAUCCAAAACAGGCAAAGUUGGAGAAAGAAGGGGAUUUGCACCCAGAGAAUGGAGAGUGUGCCCUGGACACAUGCGAGAGUAAGGACUUCCAUAUGACUGCAGCAGAGGCCAUUGCUUCACCUACUACCAAGGCUACAAGCAGCAAAGAGGCCACAGUACCAGUAUCACCCCCUGAAGAGGAUCCUGAGCGUUCCAAGCACAGAAGGAAACAAAAAACGCCUAAGAAGUUCACUGGGGAGCAACCGUCUAUCUCAGGGACCUUUGGACUUAAAGGCCUUGCCAAGGCAGAGGACAAGGCCAAGGCUCACCGUGCCAAGAAGUUGGAAGCCAGCAGCAGUGCUGAGGAGGGGAGGAAAAAGGUCUUGACAGCCAAUGUGAAGAAAGAAGUGGUACCUAUACCCACAGCUCACCUGAGCACAGGGAGCCCUGAAGAACAGUGGCAAAGGAUCCUCCAUGAGAAGGGUGAGGUCGUUUGUCCCACCUGUGGAGUUAUCACCAGGAAAACCAUUGUAGGCCUCAAAAAGCACAUGGAUGUUUGUCAGAAGCUGCAGGAUGCGCUCAAGUGUCAGCACUGCAAGAAACAGUUCAAGUCAAAGGCAGGGCUCAACUACCAUACCAUGGCGGAGCAUAGCAGCAAGCCUCAGCCCCUGACAGAUGUAGAGCCUACCGAGGUGGAUGAACAAGAGGAACGAGAGCGUUUGAGGAAGGUUCUGAAGCAGAUGGGAAAGCUCAAGUGUCCCAAUGAGGGCUGUGCAGCUGCUUUCUCCAGUCUCAUGGGAUACCAGUACCACCAGAGGCGCUGUGGGAAGCAACCUUGUGACCUGGAGAGUCCUGUGUUCACGUGUCCUCAUUGUGGUAAGACCUACAAAUCCAAGGCUGGUCAUGAUUACCACAUCCGCUCAGAGCAUCCUACUCCGCCUCCUGAGGAACCUGUGGGAAAACCUCCUGAGCCGGAUGUUGAGAUGAAUAUGGAGCGGACACCAAGUGGACGGAUCCGCCGGACAUCCGCCCAAGUGGCAGUGUUCCAUCUCCAGGAGAUAGCAGAGGAUGAGCUAGCUCGGGACUGGACCAAGCGGCGGAUGAAGGAUGACCUUGUGCCUGAAACCAAGAGGCUUAAUUACACUCGGCCAGGACUCCCAACACUGAAUCCUCAGCUGCUGGAGACGUGGAAGAAUGAAGUGAAGGAAAGAGGUCAUGUCAACUGUCCUAAUAAUUGCUGUGAAGCCAUCUAUUCUAGUGUAUCUGGGCUGAAAGCCCACCUGGCUAACUGUACCAAGGGAGACCACUUGGUGGGGAAGUAUCGAUGCCUCCUGUGUCAGAAGGAGUUCAGUUCUGAGAGCGGUGUGAAAUACCACAUCAUCAAGACACAUUCUGAGAACUGGUUCCGAACCUCAGCAGACUCCCCACCCAAACCCAAGAGCAAGGAGCAGCUCUCUGCCAAGGAGAAGAAGAACAGCACAUCAAGUGGGAAGAAGCGGGGCCGAAAACCCAAGGAGCGGCCCUCUGAGGGCCCCCCCCCAAAGACUUCUCCCAAGCCCCAGGACGAUUGGCCCUUGGGUGGUCGAGACAAGGGGAACAGAGUGGUACCCAGCCGGAAAUCGGGAGCCAGUAAGGUGCCUGAGAAGUGAGCAGUGGUUGGGGCUGGGGUAGAGGGGUGGGGGCUGGGAGACCAGGCUGCUUCUCAGACUGUCUGGGUAUUGAGUUUACAGGCCAGGGAGAGGAAAAGGGAGGGGAGGAGGGAGCUGGCUCCGAUCUCCCAUCCCUCAUUCUUUGGCUUUCCUAUCCUCCCCAUCUCCCUGGCCGUUCCUUUGGAAGGAAGAAGAAAACCACUCCCAGGGACCUACUCCUUAGCCUUGUUUAACUGAGAAAGGCUGUGGCAGCCCGUCUAAGGUUUUGUCAGUUAGUCCAUCCACAUGCAUAGUCAUGUCAUGCACACGCUUGCCUGGGUUGCAGUGUACUCAGGUUGGGGAAGGGGCCAGUUGGUGUGCACAGGUACAUACACACACACAUACACACAGAGGUUACAGUUGAGGAGGGGACCAGUUGAUGUUUAAAGGAAGAAGAAAGUGCAAUAGGGGUUGGGGGUGUUCUCAGAGGGUAGCAGCAUGUUUUCUAAGAGAAGGAUGGGGACUGCUCAGAUAAUUGUUCUUGAGGCCUUAGGCUAUUGUAUUUUGAGGGGGUGGGGUGGGGGAUAGAGUGAGAGAGAUCUGUGUCCAGAUGUUCUCUCAGAGCCAAGACCUCUGAUGCUUGGAAGUUGUUUGAGAAUGAUCCUGGGGAGAGGCCCUAGGAAAACUCCUCCCCUCUUCCCACAUCUCCAGAGGGUAAAAUGACUUUGGGGAUCCUGGUAUUUGGAAAAGUUGCUGAAGGGCCUGAACUUUCUUCUGGAGGGGCAAGCCUAUCUAUAUUGGGGAAGAAAAGGGAUUCCCUGUGGAAAGUAGAAGACAGAUUUCAGCUUUAGUUGAGGGAAUGAUGGGGACCUGGACAUUGCCAUAUCGACUGGCCCCAUAUUCACAUAUCUGAUUUCUCAACCUCUGGAUAGGACAGGUGCUGGUCCAGUUCUCAGGAGAGCUGCCCUUUUGUGCUCUCAUGGCAUUGUGUUUCUGUCAAGAAGUACUUGUACAUUCUUGGGAAGAGAUUUGAGUGAUCUAGGACCCAGCCUAGUUCCAUGGGUUCUCUUCCUCUCAGUUUUGUAAGCCUGGACCCUAGUUAACCACUUUCCUGGAUAGAUCCCUUAUAUCUUAGGCAAUCCCUUUGUAUCUCCUGAUCCCUUUUCCUAUUUUUUCUCUCUUCUGUGUCUGUCCACUCACCUCCACCAGAGGGUAUAGUGAGAAUAAGAAUUGAAGAACUGACUAAUAUUGUGAAGGGUUGGAAGGGCAGAUAUGAGCACCUUUAAAAUACUUUGUCAUUCCCUUCCCUUGGGAGCUGUGCUUUUAGAAGACUUGCCUAUAUAUCAUUCUUCUCCAAGUCUUGACUUCUCUGGUCCCUGAGUAGAGUUGAGGGAAGGUUGCCAGAAGCCAGGGAAGGUGAACUUCAUCUCUGGUUUUCUAUAGCACAAUACUCCAGAUUCCCUCUCUUGGAAGAACAUGGUUCUAUGUGUGACAGCCAUGACUGGUGGUGAUAAUGAGAGGAGGACAUGGCCCAAUGGUGCAAGGCCCUUGCUUUCUCUGCACUUGACCGUUACCAGUUUUCUCCUGGAUCAUAGGAUUAUCAUAGAGCUAUAAGAGAAUCUUUGAGAUUAUCUUGUCCAACUCCUUCAUUUUGACAGAUGAGAAACCAAGGCCCAGAGAAAUGAAAUGAGUCUACCAGAUUCCCCACCUGAUUCCAUAUUCAGACCUUUUGUUCUCCCCUCUCUACACCAUGAUGCCCAGGCUGGUUGCUGCCACUUCAGAGAUUAGAAAGUAAAGUUUAAUAAGUAAUGACAGCUCCAGAGAUGCUGAUGAUAGGAAGGGCCUACAACUCCUGAUCCACUCCCUCUUGUAGAAUGAUUGCCAGAAUUGGUUCCAAACUCCCUGGGUUGGAAUCAGACAGUAUGUGGCACCUGCUUUGUAGGGUGUUGGAGAGUGAGUAUUCCCAAGAUGAGAGUCCCUAGUGUGAGUGAAGUGUUUAAUAAAUUCUUAUUUCUUGAAAGCAGUGGGAGAUAGGCUUUCCUCAAGGAAUUGUCUCCAACAUAUCCCCCCAAUAAGCACUUAGCAUCCACUAUAUAGGCAUCCUUUGCCUUUGAGUAUUUGCACAGCCCCCAGUCAUCUGUCUGAUCCCUGAAUGUGUGGUGGGUCCUUUUAUCUCCAGCUUUUAAUGGUGAAGGGAGGAGCUAAGUGGAAGGUUAUAGGCAACAAGGGAGGUUUGAAUGUGGACCUUUGGGAAAUAUGGAAGGAGUUCUAACCUCAUUACAUCAUGGAUUUAGAGGUAGAAGGGACUUUAGAGGUCAUCUUGUCCAGCUUCUUCCUUUUACGUUUAAGAAACUGAGACCCCCAAAAGGCUAAGGUGGAAGAGAUGCCCUUUGAACCUAGAUGUUCUGACUUCAAAUCCAGCACCCCUUUCAAUUACACUGUGUGCUUAUGAUGGAGACUGGUCAAAGGCAAGUGGGACCCACAAGGAAGUGGUAGCUGUGUUCUAGGCAAUUUGUAAAAGGUAAGAUUGGCUUUUCCCCCUCUUACUCCCAGGAGGCAGUGAAAGCCCAAGUAGGAAAGGUCACUUGAGAUGAGGAUCCAGACAGAAUAAAAAAGGGAAGUCAGGCUUAUUUUACAGAUACAGUAGCUUACACUGCCUUCCCAAACACAAAUUGCUUUUAGAUUAUUUGCUGUUAUGGGUUAUCUGUGCCACCACUUCCCUCCAUUAAUGCAGAUAAUAGACAUAAUUAUGACCCAAUUUAUCGAUGGGUCUUCCCUCCAACACCGUACCUACCCCCUUCUCCCAACAAGAGAAGACAGUACCUUAAAGCUGAGGGAGGAUUUGGAUGUAGCUACAGACAUGAAGGGGCUACUGGAGGUGGGUGGGUUGGGGAAGGGAUCUCUGCCCCCCCAGGUGUCCCCAAGGACCUAUUUGUAGGAGCUACAGUCCAUGAUGUGAAUUUUUAUAUUUGCCCAGUGUGUGUCUCCUAGAUAUUGUGAGAAAGCCAGUUGUCUUCAUGAGUAACAAAUGAUUUUAUAUCCUUUUUAUAAUAUAAAUUGUCUAAACUUUGACACUUUGGUGCUAAGGGUUUCCUGGUACCGACUGUAACCUAGGGGAGCCAGUGCUUCCCUGAGCCUCAGAAGUUGAGAAUUUGGAUCACAGUGGCAGGUCCAGGACCACUUUCCCCCACUCCCUUUAGCUACUGAAACUCAGCCUGGGGUCUGAGUGUCCAGUGACUCAGGCCAUGGUUGCCAUCUCUCCAGCCCCCAAAAAGAGCAUUCAGGGCAGGGUCCACCCAGCACAGGUCCAUGGAGGAGGUGGACAUAGGGUAGUUUCCUGCCCACAGACCCUCAUGGGGAGGCUGGGCUCAGGGAUACACCUCACAAAAAUAAUUUCCCUUCUGAGCUGUUUUCCCCUUCCUCAAUUGGCCCAUUUGCCUCUGAGUAGUAAGUGACCAAGACUGAGGCUGCCACUGUCCCCUAGGGGCAGGGAUGAAAGAGGAGUAGAGAACCUUCUGCUUAAGGCUGGGACAUAGUCAUUACUUUCAAUGUCCUAGGCUAGGGUUUUAGGGCCAAGUGAAUUGGAGGGGCUGUCCCUUUAUGGUGGUAGUCUUAGAGAAGAUGGGCCCUUCCCUCUGCUUUACCUUAGAAAGAGGGAAGACACUGGUCCUUUCCAUUGGGAGGCCCCCAGAUUGAGAAGAGACACAGGAAUUGAUUUAAAGGUACAAACAAGUGGAAAUUGAUGGUUAAAAGAGAGAGAGAAAUGGGGAGUGGGGAGUGAAAGGGACCAAGCUAGCACAGAGCUCUUUGAGAUACUAGGCGACUUUGCUGAGAUGAUCAAGUUUGGAAGGAGGCUAAUGGCAGAGUAGAGAAGGUAUGUGCACUGUUCCAGGCACACACCAUUCCUUCCAAACUCAGGCUGUCUUCUCUAACCCUUUGGUUCAUUCCUUCCAUUCCCAGGCUUCCUGGGAAGAGAAACUAAUUGAUGUCAGAGGUGUAUGUGGAGAGGGCAAGGUGGUGGCCAUGGAUGGGAAAGAGGAGGUCUUGGUCCUCUGUCCUUCAGCUAAUGUUCUCUUGGGAGACCAGGCAGGAAAGGGACCCGUAGGACAUCAAAGGGUCUCUUUCCCCAGGCCUCACCAUGGAAUCCCUGGGGAUGGCCAGUUGAACUCCUGGAGCAAGGCAGGUCCCUAUUAACUUGGAUUUUAGCACUUUACUCCUCCUGGGUAAAUUGGGGGUGUGGGUUCCCCCAGCUCGGGUGAGAAUGGGCAAGUGUGGGUCACAUCAGGAAUAGCUGCAGGCAGGUGAGGACUUGAGGGCUGGAGCCCCUGCUCCCUCCGCCACCCCCCAGAAUGGGCAGCGCAAGCACCAAGCUCUGGACUCAAAGAUGUCCCCAUCCCCAACACACACACACACACACACACACACACACACACAAGCCUCUCGAUGCCGCUGACAUAUUCAAGGCCACCUUCUCCAGAUCUACCUCUGACCUUUGCUGGGGCACCCCAAUCCAGCCCUCGGUGGUAGGGGGAUGGGUGUGUGUGUAUGCAGAGAGAAGGGCCAGCACUUGCACAAGAAAAGGGAGACCGGUCUGGAUGGGGGGAGGGCAGAGUUUGGAUAUGCUAGGAGGGGUCAGCCAAAUUUCAAGGACAGACAAGGAUGCACUUUAUUUGCACGUGCAGAGGCGACGGAAGCAGGGCAAUUCAUUUGCCUCAACCUUCCUCUGAAAUCGGCCCUUUCAUAGAGGACCCUUGCUGCCUCCGCAGGGGUCAUCUUGGGACUGGGAGGGCUGGCCUUGGAAGAGGCUUGCUUUCCCCUCUCCUCCCACCCCCCAUCGCCGCCGAUGAUUCCGAUUCACCAGUUGGAGCAAGUUGGGAGAGACCCAGGACUUGCCCACCUGCCCCAGCCCGUCAGAGCGUCCUCUCCCUUUGGGCUUCGUUUGGUUUUUAUGCCCAUUCUUAGACAUAAGUGCAUUUUGGAAAAAAGUUUCAAUUUAUCCCUUGUAACCACAUAUAUACAUAUAUAUUAUAUCUACAAAGUGUUUAUUUGCGAGAGGCGUUUUAAGGGCGACCUACCCGAGGCUGAGCCCCGCCCAAGUGUGCUGAUCUGUGCCCUCCUGUAUCACCAACGAGCUCGGGCCCAGAGUUGGUAAGGCCCCCCUGGCCGGAGGGUAAAAGGGUGUAAAGCCCAGGGCCAGCGAGGACCGGGCUGGAAGUCGAUUCCUGUAUGUACGAAAAACGACCGUAUCAGAUAAAUGUUUAUUGAUUCUUUUUCA